AUGCCAUCAGUGAGCAUCCGCUCCCCCUGGUGUCUGCGACUGGUAUUGGCCUUGGCUCUCAGUAUUGAUUCCUCUGCUUGGUGCUCUAUCUGCUGGGAUUCCCGCACCCAAAAGUGUACUUCGAAGUGUAUCAAAUUAUGCUGCGCCGGAUGGCAGCGCAGCGCCACAGCAAAGACCUCUUCGAUAAAGGAACUUUACAUACCUCAUUCGGAUAGUUCCAAGUAUUCCGAAACUAAGUUGAAAGGGACUGUACGGUUCGCGAAACUUCGCCUUUCCAAGGGUGUACUUGGUUUCCGUGGCGGAAAAGCUCACUAUCAGAGCAAUUACUGA